CCGGCCCCGGCGCCAUGAGCGGCGGCGGCGGCGGAGGGGGCGGCGGGGGCUCGCUUCCCAGCCGCUUCGCCGACUACUUUGUCAUCUGCGGGCUGGACACAGAGACUGGGCUGGAGCCGGACGAGCUGUCGGCUUUAUGCCACUACAUACGGGCUUCUAAAGCCAGGGAUGGCACCAGCCCUUUCAUUGCCAGUACAGCAGAAGGAGAAAAUUUUGAGCAGACACCCCUGAGACGCACAUUCAAAUCUAAAGUUCUUGCCCGAUACCCUGAGAAUGUAGAGUGGAAUCCUUUUGACCAAGAUGCGGUGGGAAUGUUGUGUAUGCCCAAAGGGCUGGCGUUCAAGACUCAGGCUGACCCCAGGAGCCCCCAGUUUCAUGCUUUCAUCAUUACGCGAGAGGACGGCUCCCGGACAUUUGGGUUUGCCCUCACCUUUUAUGAAGAGGUGACCAGCAAACAGAUCUGCAGCGCGAUGCAGACUCUGUACCACAUGCACAACGCGGAGUACGAUGUGCUGCGCACCCCAUCUGCCAAUGGCAGAGAGGGAGGCGGCGGUGGCGGGCCCGAAGACUGCUGUGACAGCGUCCCUGGCUCCAAGCUCCAGCGCUUUAACUCGUACGACAUCAGCCGGGACACUCUCUACGUCUCCAAGUGCAUCUGCCUCAUCGCGCCCAUGUCCUUCAUGAAGGCGUGCAGGCGGGCCCUGGAGCAGCUUCACCAGGCAGUUACGUCCCCCCAGCCUCCACCCCUGCCCCUUGAGAGCUAUAUCUAUAACAUUCUCUAUGAGGUGCCGCUCCCUCCACCAGGCAGGUCCCUGAAGUUCUCAGGGGUCUAUGGACCCAUUAUCUGCCAGAGACCGAGCACCAGCGAGCUGCCACUGUUUGACUUCCCCGUCAGGGAGGUCUUUGAACUGCUUGGGGUGGAGAAUGUUCUCCAGCUUUUCACUUGUGCCCUGUUGGAGUUUCAAAUCCUGCUCUACUCACAACAUUACCAGAGACUGAUGACUGUGGCAGAGACCAUCACGGCGCUCAUGUUUCCCUUCCAGUGGCAGCACGUCUAUGUCCCCAUUCUCCCCGCCUCUCUCCUGCACUUCUUAGAUGCUCCUGUUCCAUACCUGAUGGGCUUGCAUUCCAACGGCCUGGAUGAUCGGUCCAAACUGGAGUUGCCUCAGGAGGCCAAUCUCUGCUUUGUGGAUAUCGACAACCAUUUCAUUGAGCUGCCUGAGGACCUGCCUCAGUUUCCCAACAAGCUAGAGUUUGUUCAGGAGAUCUCUGAGAUUCUCAUGGCCUUUGGAAUUCCCCCGGAAGGGAACCUGCACUGCAGUGAGAGUGCCUCCAAACUGAAGAGCCUCAGGGCCUGUGACAUAGCCUCAGACAAACGGAAUGGGAACAUUGCUAGCUCCGCUCUGCACACCUAUGAGCUCCUCAAGGAGAAUGAGACCAUUGCCAGGCUGCAAGCCCUGGUCCAAAGAACUGGGGUGAGCUUGGAGAAGCUGGACAUGCGUGAAGAGAGCAGCAGCAAUAAAGAUCUCAAAGUUCAGUGUGAAGAAGAGGAGCUCAGGGUUUACCAGCUGAACAUCCAGAUCCGAGAAGUCUUUGCCAACCGCUUUACCCAGAUGUUUGCUGACUAUGAAGUGUUUGUCAUCCAGCCCAGCCAGGAUAAGGAGUCUUGGUUCACCAAUAGGGAGCAGAUGCAGAACUUUGAUAAGGCCUCUUUUUUAUCAGACCAGCCUGAGCCCUACCUGCCUUUCCUCUCAAGAUUCCUGGAGACCCAGAUGUUUGCGUCAUUUGUUGACAAUAAGAUCAUGUGUCAUGAUGAUGAUGACAAAGACCCUAUCCUGAGGGUGUUUGAUGCUCGAGUGGACAAAAUAAGGUUAUUGAACGUGAGAACACCAACCCUGCGAACAUCCAUGUACCAGAAGUGCACCACUGUGGAUGAAGCAGAGAAAGCGAUUGAGCUGAGACUGGCAAAAAUUGACCACACUGCUAUUCACCCUCACUUACUGGACAUGAAAAUUGGGCAGGGGAAGUAUGAGCCAGGAUUCUUCCCCAAACUGCAGGCUGAUGUGCUUUCAACUGGGCCAGCCAGCAACAAGUGGACCAAGAGGAAUGCGCCUGCCCAAUGGAGGCGGAAGGACAGACAGAAGCAGCACACCGAACACCUCCGCCUGGAUAACGACCAGAGGGAGAAGUACAUCCAAGAAGCCAGGAAUAUGGGCAGCACGAUCCGGCAGCCCAAGCUGUCCAACCUCUCGCCCUCGGUGAUCGCGCAGACCAACUGGAAGUUUGUGGAGGGCUUACUGAAGGAGUGUCGCAAUAAGACCAAGAGAAUGCUGGUGGAAAAGAUGGGCCGAGAGGCUGUGGAACUGGGCCAUGGAGAGGUCAACAUCACCGGUGUGGAGGAGAACACCUUGAUCGCUAGCCUCUGCGACCUCCUCGAGAGGAUCUGGAGCCAUGGACUGCAGGUCAAACAGGGGAAGUCUGCCCUGUGGUCGCACCUGUUGCAUUAUCAGGAAAAUCGACAAAGAAAGCUGACGUCUGGAAGCUUGAGCACCUCAGGAAUACUAUUGGAUUCAGAACGGAGGAAAUCUGAUGCGAGCUCUGCCAUGCCUCCCUUAAGGAUCUCUCUCAUCCAGGACAUGAGGCACAUCCAGAACAUCGGGGAAAUCAAAACCGAUGUUGGCAAGGCCAGGGCCUGGGUUCGGCUGAGCAUGGAGAAGAAAUUACUUUCUCGGCACCUAAAGCAGCUGCUUUCAGAUCACGAGCUCACCAAGAAGCUGUACAAGCGCUAUGCUUUCCUGCGCUGCGAUGAUGAGAAGGAGCAGUUCCUUUAUCACCUCCUGUCCUUCAACGCUGUGGACUACUUCUGCUUCACCAACGUCUUCACGACAAUCAUGAUCCCUUACCACAUCCUGAUUGUCCCCAGCAAGAAGCUGGGCGGCUCCAUGUUCACGGCCAAUCCUUGGAUUUGCAUCUCGGGAGAACUGGGGGAGACGCAGAUCCUGCAGGUGCCCAGGAACGUCUUGGAGAUGACCUUUGAGUACCAGAACCUGGGAAAGCUCACCACUGUCCAAAUCGGCCACGAUAACUCGGGGUUGUACGCCAAGUGGCUAGUGGAGCACGUGAUGGUCAGAAACGAGAUCACGGGACACACGUAUAAGUUCCCCUGUGGCAGGUGGCUGGGGAAAGGGAUGGACGAUGGGAGCCUGGAGAGGAUCCUGGUUGGGGAGCUGCUCACCUCUCACCCCGAAGCCGACGAGAGGCAGUGCCGAACCCCUCCCUUGCAGCAGUCACCCAGCAUGAUACGGAGGCUUGUCACCAUCUCUCCCAGUAACAAGCCAAAGUUAAACACGGGGCAGAUCCAGGAGUCCAUCGGAGAGGCUGUCAAUGGCAUCGUCAAGCAUUUCCAUAAACCAGAGAAAGAGCGUGGCAGCCUUACGCUCCUGCUCUGUGGCGAGUGUGGACUGGUGUCUGCCCUGGAGCAAGUUUUUCAGCACGGAUUUAAAUCCCCUCGGCUCUUCAAAAACGUCUUCAUUUGGGAUUUUCUGGAAAAAGCACAAACCUACUAUGAGACCCUUGAGCAGAGCGAUCUCGUCCCUGAGGAGAACUGGCAGACGAGGGCCCGAAACUUCUGCCGCUUUGUCACCGCCAUCAACAACACCCCCCGCAACAUCGGCAAAGAUGGCAAGUUCCAGAUGUUGGUGUGUCUGGGAGCCAGAGAUCACCUCUUACACCACUGGAUUGCCUUGCUUGCGGACUGUCCGAUCACAGCACAGAUGUAUGAAGAUGUGGCGCUUCUUAAGGACCACACGCUUGUUAAUUCCUUGAUCCGGGUACUGCAGACUUUGCAGGAGUUCAAUAUCACGCUGGAGACGUCCCUGGUCAAAGGGAUUGACAUCUGACCCCAUCCUGGGGCGAAGGGAGUGCCAGGGACCCUGCCCAUCAUGGCCUCCCCUAGAAGCUGGGGGACCUGCAAAGAACUUGGACUUUGCAUCCUGAAAGAGACUCCAGGCAUAGUGCAGGAAACGGAUAGGAGGUGUAAACUCGAUGUAAAAAGAAAAAAAGAGGAUUUUGGAAUAAAUAAUCUAUUUUAGAGUCUAUUUGCAGAAUUGCUUUCACACUUUCAUGUGAAAGAGAGCGAGGGAAGAGAUGAGUCUUGAGCAGCUUAUUUUCAAGCUGUGGUAUUUUCCAUACGUCCGGUGACCUUUUCGGUGUCCUUGGAACUUGGCCUUCAGUGGGGCCUUUGGGUCAGAAAACUCAGCGGCCACAUCCUGUUUCCGGUAUGGGCAAGGACAUUAGCCUUCUGGUCCUGGCUCCGCCAUGGACUGGUCAUGUGACCCUGGCCAAGUCAUUUCCUCUGUCUAGGCCUCAGUUUCUUCAUCUGUCAGAUGAGGGGCUGGACUAAAUGAUCUCUAAGGUCCCUUCCAGCCCCAAAAUUCUGUGAUGCUGUGGUUCUCAUAUUUUCUAUAUUCACACCAUCACCAAUGUGUGCUUGGAUGGAACCCGCCCCACCCCCGGCAAGCGGGCUGGGAAGUACCCCAGGCCCCGACGGGUUUUGUUUUGAGUCACCUCAGCCCCCCUUUUCCUUUCCUUUUGGUUGUCAGUAUUAUUUGAGGAGGAAGGAAAGCUUGGCCCCAGGUCUUGGGAGAGAGCGUGGAGCGGAGUUUCUUCUCCUGGGACACCACGGUGCCUGCUCAGGAGAGAAUGAAGCAUGGGUUUGGACCGCUGUGUCAUUGUCUCUAGUUUUAAUUUUAUUUAUUUAACCUUCCGUUGAGUGUUUUGUAAGUCGUCUUUUUCUUUUCUUUUUAAGAGGUGAGGCCUCUUACAGUUCUAACCGCUCUGUUAGUGUUUAUUAGCGGCUGUGCCAUUUCUGUUGUUUUGGGCAGUUUUAGAAACCAGUGGUCAUACAGCCCACAUCAAUAAAACACCUAGAAACUAAA